GUGAAGUCCAGGAUCACGUUGAAAGCUACCCAUUGGGCCUGCGGCGCGGGCUCGUCUGGGGAUCGCUUCGGCUCGGAGGAGAUCGAGUUCAUGAAGGAGCAUCUGAAGGUGCAGAUGCUGCUGAACACAGAGCUCACGAAGCUGGACCCCGUCAGCGUCGACAGCUCGGGGCACGGGGCGGCUGCCCCGCGCGCGGUGCUUUGGGACCUUUCGCCCGAGCAGCUGUUCGGGGUCCUGGAGGCGCUGCUCGGCGAGAUCGGGGAGAGCUGA